UUUUUUAUUUUCAUAAAAACAUAAAUUUUAAAAGUAUUAAGUAAUAACAACGCAUGCGUGUAAUUGGUAUCUCAGGCACUUCAAUGUGCUCAUGACAGUUAACACAAUAUGUUAUCGUAAAUAUCUUUUGAGAUUUAAAUCUAUGAAGUUAUGAAGUUAUAUCUUGAAAAUUUAAAUUACUUUGAUAUUAUUUUGAUAUUUCUCGAUCUUUCUAUAUUUGGAUAAUUAUUGCAUUCAAAAUUUUAAUUUUUUAAAAUCGAUUCGUAAAAAAAUAAAAUCAAAUAAUAGAUAAAGAGAAAUAACAAGAAGAAAAAAGAAUCAUUAUUGGUGAAAUUUCUCCAUCACAAAAACUCAAUCUUUCAGUUACUCAUAUAAUGAAUGCAACCAAUCAGGAUGAAAUUUAUAUGACAACACCAGAAUUAAUUACAGCCCAUGGUUAUAAAUCAGAAACACAUCAUAUUUGGACAGAAGAUGAAUAUUGUUUAGAUAUACAUCGAGUUCUACCAAAAUCAUAUCAAAAUUCUACUUACAAUUAUGGAAGUUGUGAAAUCUCAACAAAAGGACCUAUACCUGUUCUCAUUCAUCAUGGAUUACUAUCAAGUUCAGCUGAUUGGGUAUUAUUGGGUCCAAAGAAAGCUCUAGCAUAUAUUUUAUGUGACAACAAUUAUGAUGUUUGGUUAGGAAAUGCAAGAGGCAAUGCAUAUUCUAGAAAACAUAAACAAUAUACAACUAAAGACAAAGCAUUUUGGGAUUUUAGUUGGCAUGAAAUUGGUUAUUAUGAUUUACCAGCAAUUAUAGAUUAUAUUUUAGAGCAUACUGGAUAUAGAAAGCUCUAUUAUAUAGGUUACAGUCAAGGUACAACUGCAUUUUAUGUAAUGGCUAGUGAAAAAUCUGAAUACAAUCAAAAAAUUAAAGGAAUGGUCAGUUUGGCACCAAUAGCAUUUCUCUCAAACCAGAGAAGUCCUUUAUUUAAAUUUAUUGUUCAUUUUUAUGGAUUAAUGGAGUGGGGAUCUUCUUACUGCAAUGUACACCAAUGGUUCCCCAGAAAUAGAUUACAAGCACAAACUUUGAGUACAAUAAUUCGAAAUGCUCCAGGCAGUCUUACUAAAGGUUUUUGUGUAUGCUGGUUUUCUUUAAUUGCUGGAUUUGGUAGUGAUCAGUUAGACAAAUCUAUGUUACCAUUAAUUUUGGGACAUUUUCCAGCUGGAGCUUCUGCAAAACAAAUUAUUCAUUAUAGUCAGAGUAUAUUAUCAGGAUCAUUUCGUAAAUUCAAUUAUGGAGCAACAGAAAACCUAAAAAUUUAUGGAUCAACACAACCACCAAAAUAUGAUCUUGAGAAAGUAAAAACUCCAAUUGUAAUAUUUUAUAGUGAAAAUGAUUUUCUUACCGAUCCUAUAGAUGUAAAAAAACUUAUUGAUAGACUGCCAAAUAUUAUAGACACAAAAAAAAUUGAAUAUGCAAAAUUUAAUCAUAUUGAUUAUUUAUGGGGUAGAGAUGCUAGAACACUUCUCUAUGAUACUGUUUUAACAGUUCUACAAAACUUCAGAUAAAAAAAGUUCUUAUUAAAUUUAUUAUUAACAGUGAUUUAUACAAAAUAUUAAAAUUAACAAAUAUAUUUAAAAAAAUAAAUAUUUUUUAUUGUUAUUUAAUAUUUUCUUUAUUAAUUUAUUAGUAAAACUUGAUAUAAAAAAAAGAAAUUGUAUGAACGUUAUAUACGAAAUAUAAUUAUUUAUUUAAAUUAAUUCAUAAUUAAUUUUUUUUUAAUAUUUAUGAAUAUAAUUUUAUGAAUAAUAUUUAUGAAUGUGAUUUUAAAAUUAUAAAAACAAAUAAGAAAAAAAAAUAGCUUAAUAUAUUCUUUAUAUAAAAAAUAUAUAUUUUUCAUAAUGUGUUAUUUCUUUUAUAAUUUAUUUUGUAGAUAAAUAAAAAUGAAAUAAAAUUUUAUAAAAUUAUAAGAAAAAAA